GUUUGCUUUAUCUGUUUGUCACUCCCUCUCCCACUGAGCCACAAACAGAGAAAGAAAGAAAGAAAUGGAAGCCUUGAAGCUUCAAUGCUCAUUUUCCCCUCCUCUCAUUUCAAGAACCAACUUCCGCCCUGCCAAAUGCUACCAUCCUGCGUCCCCUGGUUUCAGGAGUUACAGAGAUUCUAUUGUACAAAGUUUAGCACUAAUCUAUCCUAAUGGCUUUCUCUCUUCAAACUCUAAAAAGAAGGGUGCACGUGUCAUACAGCUCAUCAGAAAUGCGUCAGCUUCAGUACAACCUCUGACCGAGGAACCUGUUGAGAAGACAUCUCAAGAUCUUUCCACGAGUGGUAAUUCUAUCCGUAGACGAUUUCUUGAAUUUUAUGCUGCAAGAGGCCACAAGAUUCUUCCGAGUUCUUCUCUUGUGCCUGAUGAUCCUACUGUUCUACUGACUAUUGCCGGCAUGCUUCAGUUCAAGCCUAUUUUUCUUGGGAAGGUGCCAAGACAAGUAGCAUGUGCUACUACUUCUCAAAGGUGUAUACGUACCAACGAUAUUGAGAAUGUUGGACGUACGUCUCGACACCAUACAUUCUUUGAGAUGCUUGGGAAUUUUAGCUUUGGUGAUUACUUCAAGAAAGAAGCGAUCAAGUGGGCCUGGGAACUCUCAACCUUAGAAUAUGGAUUGUCUGCAGAAAAUUUAUGGAUUAGUGUUUAUGAAAAUGACGAAGAAACAUAUGCAAUAUGGCACAAUGAGAUAGGUGUGUCUGCAGAUCGUAUAAAGAAGAUGGGUGAAGAAGACAACUUCUGGACAAGUGGCAUGACAGGUCCUUGUGGCCCGUGUUCAGAGAUCUAUUAUGAUUUCCAUCCCGAUAGGGGAAUCUCAAAUGUCGAUUUGAAUGACGAUACAAGGUUUAUAGAGUUCUACAAUCUUGUGUUCAUGCAAUUCAACAAAAAAGACGAUGGUUCAUUAGAACCUUUAAAACAGAAGAAUAUAGAUACCGGCAUGGGCUUAGAACGUUUGGCUCGCAUCUUACAAAAGGUUCCCAACAAUUACGAAACUGAUUUGAUUUUCCCAAUAAUAGAAAAGGUGUCGGAAUUAGCAAAUGUCUCGUAUGCCCGUGCUGAUGAUUCUACAAAAACCAAACUAAAAGUUAUUGGUGAUCACAUGAGGGCGAUUGUCUAUUUAAUAUCAGAUGGGGUUUUCCCAUCAAAUAUCGGUAGAGGUUACGUGGUGCGAAGGCUCAUUAGGAGGGCAGUACGUAUGGGAAGGUUACUUGAUAUAAGAGAAGACGAAAUGAGUAACCUCGAAGGGACAUUUUUACCAAUAAUUGCUGAAAAGGUAAUAGAUUUAGGUAGUCAAAUUGAUCCUGAGUUAAAAUCGAGAAAAUCCCGUAUUCUUGAAGAACUGAAACGAGAAGAGUUGCGUUUUGUUGUGACAUUAGAAAGAGGAGAAAAGCUUCUUGAUGAAAAAUUGGACGAUGCUUUAGCAAAUGCAAAGAUAAACAAGACCGAACCCUGUUUGUCAGGUAAAGAUGCCUUUCUUUUAUACGAUACAUAUGGAUUUCCGGUUGAAAUAACUAUGGAAGUAGCCAAUGAACGUGGUGUUUCUGUGGACAUGACUGAUUUUGAUAUUGAGAUGGAAAAUCAAAGACGGCAAUCACAAGCUGCCCAUAAUACUAUCAAGCUCACGAUUGAAGAUGGGUCAGAGUUGACAGAAAACAUUCCUGACACUGAGUUUCUUGGAUACGAUACCCUUUAUUCCAAAGCAAUUAUCAAGGGGCUUCUAUUGAGUGGGAAACCAGUAGCUCAGGUUUCUAAAGGAAGUGAGGUUGAAGUCCUACUGGAUCGGACCCCCUUUUAUGCCGAAUCCGGGGGUCAAAUUGGAGACCGUGGGUUACUAAAAGUCACCGAAACAGAAAGCCAAAAGACAGCUGUAAUAGAAAUAGCUGAUGUCCAAAAGUCUUUAGGCAACAUAUUUGUUCACAAAGGUACAAUAAAAGAAGGAAGUAUUGAAGUUGGUAAAGAAGUCGAAGCUGCAGUUGAUGCAAAGUUAAGACAACGAGCAAAGGUCCAUCACACUGCUACUCAUUUGCUUCAAGCUGCAUUAAAGAAAGUUAUAGGACAAGAAACGUCACAAGCUGGUUCGUUGGUGGCAUUUGAGCGGCUACGAUUUGAUUUCAACUUCCAUCGACAACUUCUUGAUCAUGAGUUAACAAAAGUUGAAGACUUGAUCAAUGAAUGGAUAGGAGACGCCACGCCUCUUCAAACUAAAGUGAUGGCAAUUGCUGAUGCUAAAAGUGCCGGAGCAAUAGCGAUGUUUGGAGAAAAAUAUGGUGAAGAGGUACGUGUCGUAAAUGUUCCUGGUGUAUCAAUGGAACUAUGUGGAGGCACACAUGUUAGCAAUACUUCAGAGAUUCGUGGCUUCAAGAUAAUCUCUGAGCAGGGAAUAUCCUCAGGUGUAAGACGUAUAGAAGCUGUUGCGGGUGAUGCGUUUAUCGAGUAUGUUAGUGAACGAGAUAACUACAUGAAGCAACUUUGCUCCACACUUAAAGUCAAAGCAGAAGAAGUGCCAACGAGGGUAGCAGGAAUCAUGGAAGAAUUAAGAAUUGCAAAAGGCGAAGUUUCGGCCACCCGUGCUAAAACAGCUGUCUAUAAAGCAUCAGUUAUUGCAAAGAACGCCUUUCAUGUGGGAACUUCAACUCAAAUCAGGGUGCUUGUUGAAUCUAUGGAUGAUACCGACGCUGAUUCACUAAAAAGCGCUGCUGAAUAUCUUGUUGAUGUUCUACAAGAUCCUGCAGCUAUAAUCUUAGGGUCGUCUCCUAGUGAAGAUAAAGUGAGUUUAGUUGCCGCAUUUAGUCCAUCAGUAGUUAGUAUGGGGAUCCAAGCCGGAAAGUUCAUUGGACCGAUUGCAAAAAUUUGUGGAGGAGGUGGUGGUGGGCGCCCAAAUUUUGCUCAGGCAGGUGGUAGAAAGCCGGAGAAUUUGUCUAGUGCACUCGAAAAAGCAAAAAAUGAUCUUGUUUCGGUUUUAUCUGUAAAGGCAAGCUAGCUAUACACCAUAUAUCUUAAACUUUUUAAUUUGUUACAAAAAAAGGAAAAUGAAUCUUAUAGCUGUGAAACAUAGUUAUAUUGUACAGUCAGAUUAUGACAUGCAAGGAAAUAUUUUUUACAAACA